CAUUGGUGAAUUAAAUUCUAUACGAGAUUCCAUAAAUGAAUUAUGCAAUUGUCUUCCUGCCUGCAGUGUAUUUAAGUACAGCUGAAAUGUCCUGAUUUAUCAAUUUAACCACAGUCAAGGUUGCAAGCAGGUUUUCUGACGAAUUUCAAAGGUAAGCUCUAUCAAAGUCUAUAUUAUCUCAAUUUAAAGCUAAGUUCAUUUUUGGGCUAUAGGUUAAUUUUUCUUUAUCGUUGCUACAACAGUUUUCAAUUUACUUUUAAUAUGUAAAACUAUAUAUCGAUUCAUUUAUAAAAAAACAAGAGGCGUAAAGCAUCUGUGAUUGCCAAUCGGAUAUUUGACUGUAAGACAUGAUGACCAUUAAGCAUACUUUCCGAAACUUAUCAUUUUGGAAAUUGGUGGGUUUAUUAUUGAAUCGAACUGUCUGUGCUAUAGGCCGUGGCGUAUUUGGGUUAGCGCUAACCAUAUAUAGGUUACAAUUUAACCUGCUGUUUUAGUUUGUUUAUUUCAAAACUUCAGAGAAGUAAACUCCUAUCGAUCCUGACAAGAUCUCUGAAGAAAUAUUUCCAAAUUUAUGACAAACUGUGAGGAAGUCUGCUUUGAACUUUGGGUUAACAACCCAAGUUUGAACUACCGGCCUCAGGUAGCUGAAUAUCUCUCCAUUCGCAGUUUUCUGGUUAUAAUAUUGAAAGUCACAUAUAUUGUAUUUUAUUGUAUGCUGUUUUCCUCUAUCUUGCUCAUGGAUCAUACAUCGUUCUCGACCCAUGAAAAGCAAAAUUAUUUGGACUUAUACUACAUUAUGUUCCAAAAUGUGUCUCAAUCUUCUUAUAGAAUUGUACCGACAGAUAUACUGAUAUAUGAAUUUGUUUUUGUCUUUGAUUUAGUUUUGGAAACGAUCACAGUAUGUUCAGCAAAAUUUUACUCGCUUUGGGAGUUGUGUUGGCUAUCUCAGCUUUAGGUAAGAAAAUUUUCAAUGAUUGAAUUAUAAUGCUUUAUAAUGUCCUUUUACUGCAAUACGUUAUCUGAUUAUAAUUUCGCUUCAUGUACCUGUAUCUGACAGUAAGACACUCCAGUUUCCUCCUGUAGUAACACUGGAUCAAUAUAUACAGGGAAUGAGUCUUACUGCAUGGAUCUCUAGGGAAAACAUUUUAGAACUGAAAGAGUCAUCCAGUAUAAAUAAAGUUAUAGUUUAGUUUAGUGGUUUAGGUUUCCUCCUGUAGACUGUAGUAACACUGGAUCAAUAGGGAAUGAGUCUUACUUGCAUACAUGGAUCUCUAUAGGGAGAACAGUUUAGAACUGAAAGCGUCAUUCAGGAUAAACAAAGUUAUAGUUUAGUUUAGUUGUUUAGGUUUCCUCCUGCAGUAUAACACAGGAUCAAUAGGGAAUGAGUCUUACUGGACUUCUAUAGGGAGAACAGUUUAGAACUGAAAGAGUCAUCCACUAUAAGUAAAAUUAUAUAAUUUAGCUUAGUUUAGUUUAGGUUUCCUUCUUGCAGUAACAUUGGAGCAAUAAAGAUUACCCUUACUGGACCUCUAGGGAGAACAGUUUAGAAAUAAUAGAGCUAUCCAGUAUGAAUGAAGUUAAGUUUAGCCGUUUAGGUUUCCUCCUGUAUUAAAAAUAGGAACAAUAUAACCCGGAUAAAACAAGAAUGACAGUGCAUGAAAACCUUGGUCCGGUUAGGUUUUCUUAAUGCUUUCCCGACACUGUCAAGGAUUCUAUUUAAGUUAAAACAUAGUUGGAACACCUAUCAAACCUUUAUUUUAUUAAUCUAGAGCUUAAAAUGUCCCCUGUAUCAACACUCAUCCUCAUUUAAUCAGGGCUUAAGUGAUAUCCCUUAUGGACCUCUAGAUAUAGGACAAUUUUGAUAACGUUUUUUAGUACAAACGUAGUUGUAUUUCGGAAUAAAGAAUGUUGAAAUAAAUGUAAAAUUAAUGGUGUAAUCCAGUACUAUCUUUAGCUGACUAACUGCUUAAACAAAUGGCUGAAAAUGGCGUUUCAGAUGGCUAGAUUUCAAAAUUUUCUGAGGGGGGGGGGAUGCCCUCAGACCUUCCCUCCAAAUAAAUUGGUUCCUACAUCCCUGUAAGUGCCUAAGAUCCGGCAAGACAAUUUGCACCUAUAGUGAUCUAUUAUUGUCUUCUUUUGUUUUAGGGAGUGCUGUGAAAUGUAAUAAUUGUGCGUACUCGACAGCGCUGCCAAAAGCGCUACAAAAGUGUCAGUCAAUCAACUGUCCAUCUGAAUAUUGUUAUUCACAAACGUUUGUCUACAAAAACGGCACAGAGGUUUAUGCAAGAAGCUGCGGCAUUGCAGGCUUGUGCCCCGAUGCAGGUACAAACAAGGUGUGUAGCCUCCUAACCAAAGUACCAAAUUCCCCAAUUAAGUCUUGCGAUACUAAAUGUUGUAAGACCGAUAAUUGCAACACUAUUACGUCCAACAACGGGGGCAGCCCCGAUGGCAAGAACCCAGGCACCAACAGUGCAACUGGUAUCAUGACGAAAACGCUGAUUCCUUCCUUGAUGAUGGUUAUUGCUGGUUUCCUCUUAGCUUGAUGUACUUUGCGUUUUGUAUACGACUGCUAUAUAUAGUCUUUCAUUCGUUUGCUGUAAUUUAUCUUAAAUGGCUUCAUAGCCAUAGGAUUAUUUGGAUAAACUGCUUAAUUAAAACUCGUUGUUUGAAGAACUCAUUUAGUACGACAUUGUGUAAUAAAUAAAUAAAUAAAUAAAUAA